AGAAUAUCCAGCUGGUGGCUACAGUUCCGCUUCUGGUUUCGCUGCCAUGCAUCCUGGGCGAACUACUGGUAAGGGGCCCUCCACUCACAUUCAGAUUGACCAGCAACCUCCACGGCUUCUCAUUGUGCACAUUGCUCUACCGUCCUGGGCUGACAUCUGUGCCAACCUCUGUGAGGCUCUGCAGAACUUCUUCUCUCUAGCCUGCAGCUUGAUGGGCCCCAGCCGCAUGUCCCUGUUCAGUUUAUACAUGGUACAAGAUCAGCAUGAGUGCAUCCUCCCUUUUGUGCAAGUGAAAGGGAACUUUGCUAGGUUGCAGGCCUGCAUCUCAGAGCUCCGCAUGUUACAGAGAGAAGGUUGUUUCAGAUCACAAGGCACUUCUCUGCGACUGGCAGUAGAAGAUGGACUCCAGCAAUUUAAACAAUACAGCAGACAUGUGACCACAAGUGCAGCCCUCGCUUAUACUUCCCUGGAGAUUACUAUUCUGACUUCUCAGCCUGGAAAAGAGGUGGUCAGACAAUUGGAGGAAGGGUUGAAAGAUACAGACUUAGUCAGUGUCAGGAGGCUUCAGGUCGUUGAGAUCGCAAAGGGAAUCCUAGAACACAUGGACUCAGUGUCUCCUGCUGAGGAUCUCAGCAAUGAUGAGAGUUCUAUUCUGGGAACUGACAUUGACCUUCAGACUGUAGACAAUGAUAUCGUCAGCAUGGAGAUAUUUUUCAAAGCCUGGCUACAUAACAGUGGAACAGACCAAGAACAAAUUCAUCUUCUUCUUUCUUCACAGUGUUUCAGCAACAUUUCCAGAGCCAGAGAUAAUCCAAUGUGCCUGAAAUGUGAUCUCCAAGAGCGACUGCUCAGCCCAUCCCUACUUCCUGGCACAGCUGACGGUUCCUUGAGAAUGGAUGACCCCAAAGGAGACUUCAGCACACUCUACCAGAUGGCUUCCCAAUCAUCGGCCUCUCAUUACAAGCUCCAAGUUAUCAAGGCUUUAAAAUCUAGCGGGCUCUGCGAGUCAUUGACAUAUGGACUCCCAUUCAUCCUCAGACCUACAAGCUGUUGGCAACUGGAUUGGGAUGAGCUGGAGACAAAUCAGCAACAUUUCCAUGCUUUGUGUCACAGCCUGCUGAAAAGAGAAUGGCUGCUGUUAGCCAAGGGGGAACCACUGGGCCCAGGACACAGCCAGAGAAUCCCUGCCAGCACCUUCUAUGUGAUCAUGCCAUCACGCUCCCUCACACUGCUGGUGAAGGCGGUGGCCACGCGGGAACUGAUGCUGCCCAGCACCUUCCCCCUGGUAUCUGAGGACCCAUGCGAUGACAGCCUUAAGAUUGUGGAGAGCAUGCUAGACAGCCUGGAGCUGGAGCCCACCUACAACCCCUUGCAAGUUCAGAGCCACCUGUACUCACACCUGAGCAGCAACUAUGCCAAGCCUCAGGGGCGGCUCCACCCACACUGGGAGAGCAGAGCCCCGAGAAAGCAUCUCUGCAAGACUGGACAGUUGCAGACCAACCGAGCUCGAGCCACUGUGGCCCCCCUGCCUGUGACUCCUGUCCCAGGCAGAGCCUCCAAGAUGCCAGCAGCCAGCAAAUCUUCCUCAGACACCUUCUUUCUGCUUUCGGAGUGGGAGGAGGAUCCCUCAGGGCCCUAAGUCACCAGCACCAGAGCCUAACCACAUCCAUGCUCAAGUUCACAUAAUGGCUACCUGUGGUCAGACCUACUUUCUAUCCACCUGAGCCUCUGUGAGUGAGGGCUGACUGGGAAACAAGAGCCUUCCCCGCCUCUGUUUCAUGCUGUCCCACUCCUCAAGUGGAGAAGCAACACACUCGAGCCUUCGGCAAGGACUCUCAUUUUCUUUUGAAUCAUUUGAUACUGUUUACAGAGGUGAAGAUUAAACACCCAGUAAGCUUC